AUGGGAACAAAUUUCACUCAUAAAUUUUCUUUUUUUGCUUAUUUUAAAAUCCUUUUGCUGUUUGCUUCUUUUUGGUUGAUUUUACUUUUUUUUUCUGAUCUCUCAUCCCCUUAUUCCUUCUUUUUUGCUUUUGGGGGCAAUCACUAUGGACGUUUUUUCUGCUCUUCCCUCUUUUCAAUUGUUUCUUGCUGCACUCUUCCUGUGAGGGGUGCCGUGUGUUUCCCGCCCAACUGCUCCACUCGCACACCCACCGACACGCUCAUGACGACGGCCCUGUGCGCCUCGCCUGCUGCACGCAUGAGGAGGGGCCGCGACGAACGGCGCGCUGAGGGAGUCGUGACGUGUGGGCGUGCGACGAGGGCCUGUGGAGCGGAGCACACAUUUCUUUCCCUCUUGUUUUGUUUUUAUUGCGGUCAGGGCUGGCAGACACCCGCAGCGCCACACACACAGCCACACCCUGCCGCCGUGUUUUUUUUUUGUUUUCUUCUUUUUAUUUUUUUGAAUGGGUGUUUGCUGCCACCGUGUGUGAUUGUUGAGGUUGUGCCGUACCGCAUGCAUCGCUGCCAUCCAGCUUUGCCUCUUGCUGUGCUGAUGUGCCUCCCUGUGCUCCUCCUCUUUCCCGCUCCUGCAGCACACACACAAGUACUUGCACAGUGCUAUGCAGGAAUGCUCUUGGCGACGAGGCUCGUUGGCUGCAGUGGCCUCCACCAGGCCUGCAGUGUGCGUGCCGGUGGCGUGGCCCUCUUGGUGCGCCACACCUUGCCGUGCGAGCGCCUGUCUCUGCUGGCACCAACUGCGUGGAGACCACCGCCCUCCGCGUGUGCCCACCGGCCUGCCCCAGCAUGCACGUUGGGAACCUCUGCAACCUUCCAUCGGCAAUUGCCCACGCUGCUCACUUUGCGAGCACCAUUCGUCGCCUUGGUCCUGCAGCGCCCAUUGCGGCUGACCUGA